AUGAAAACGAAGCUAUACACUAGAAAUAGUGAUAGUGUGGCGUUCAGGUGUUGUAAUAGAAGUUGUAAUGACUUUUCUAAGUAUGUUUUAAUACGCAAUAAAUCAUUACUACCAAGAUUCACUGUACCUCUGAGAGACUUUUUAUUAGUGGCUUGUAAAUGGUUUAAUAACCAUACUUAUGUACAGAUAGGUACUGAGGUGAAUAUUGGAAAAAAGUCAAUUAUAAAAUUAUUGAUUUAA